UACCAUUUUCUCUCAAAAACUCAGUUUUCGUACAAAUGCAAAUAGAUUCAACCGACCACAAAAAUCGAUCUCAGUGAUCGUUGCAUCCCGGAAUCGGAAAAAAAAUCAAUUUCCGAAAAACUCUGCGUUGUGUCAAGCUACAACAUUGAUUAUUUUAGGAAAAUCAGGACAAAUGCUAGAAUAGGGCAUUUGCACGGUGCAUAUGUAUUAGUCAUCUGUUGGGCAGGCAAAAGUGACAGCUCCAUAUAAUUCGUACGGAUCGGCAGAAGUAUUUUAUUUGAAAAUAAUAUUCUAGCUUAUUUACAGCAAAAAUCAUGCACGAAAAUUGUUUUCAACAAGUUUAUUUGUUCGUCCAUUGCAUAGCAACAUUGUUUUUAUAGUAUUCACAUUCGGUACGCGGUAAAAUCGACCAACUUCGUAGUUAUGGGCUAUGCUGAUUGAACGGCACGAAUAUUGAAAAAUAUAUUCACCGUUUUUCAUUGAAAAAUGUCUUGUGUCAAAUGAUUCUAGUUGAAUGAUAAAUAUAUAAUUAAUAAAAUUAAUUGGUUUACGUCUAAAAAGCCAGCUCCAAAAGAUGGAUUCGGAUAGCGCAAAAGCCAGGUACGCGGAAAAAAUUAGAAAGUUUUGUUAUGGCUACGACCCAUACAAGUGGAAGCAAAGUGAUUAUUUAAAAAGUAGCUUGCCAAAGAAUGUGACCUAUUACGACAUUGUUGAAUAUUUGAUAAAUCGAGAGAGUCCGUAUACCCGAGAAAGCUUCAAGGCCUUCAAGAGCUUGGACGCAUACAAGAAUUUCAGGGCGGGAUGGAUAACGUUUCUAGGUUCCAGGCUAGUUGAUUCUGGUUCUUGUAUCGUGUUUGCUCGGGUGAAACAUUCCCAAAAACUUAACUUAAGACCCACCUCUACCUGGGUUUCGGUAGACUCUACAGGAACGGUGCAAACUGCACAUUGUGAUUGCAUGGCCGGAUUGGGUGAAGUUUGCUCUCACGUAGGCACUGUGCUUUUUGCCCUUGAAUGCUGGUGUCGUGAAGAUGUAGACGACAACGAACCCUCAUGCACUGACAUACUUAAUCAAUGGCUAGUUCCCCCAAAGAAAGCUAUUGAUUACGCCGAAAUUAAAGACAUAUUCCGCCAAAAAGAUCAGCCUACUGCGUCCCCUGUCUAAGAUUUUUAAGUACCUGAAUGCUCUACAGGAGAAUUGAAUGAGUUCGUACACAAGUUAAUUGAAAAAAGGGCAAAAUCCAUCAGCUGGGCAAUUCAUGCAACAGCCUUCGAAUGUCAACUCAAGCUGCGGGUUUGGUCCAGAUUCUGAUAUGAUACGCUAUCUUUUCUGCCAAUUUUUUGAUCCGAGUCUCACAAAAAAUCUUUAAGCGAGCUUCGCGAAAUCAGUGUGAAUAAAAUAAAAAACUUACGUUACACGAAGUCUCUUGUAAAGCAAAUAGCUAGUUUGACUAUGUCACAAAGCUCGAGUUGGUUUUGGGAAAAGUUUCGAGCUGGAAGAAUAACCGCAUCUACUUUUAAAUCGUGUACAAGGACACCGAUUGAUAAUCCUUCAAUGCACCUUAUCAGGAAAAUCUGCUAUCCCGAAGAUUAUCGCUUUUCAACAUCUGCGACGAGAUAUGGUUGUACCCAAAAAUGGCAGACGAACAUUCAAAUUUUCAUGCGAAGAAGACUGGUCUACACUUGGAUGAGGAAAAACCAUUUUUCGGGGCAUCUCCGGAUGCAAUCACAAUGUGUGACUGUUGCGGGAAGAGUACUGUGGAAAUUAAGUGCCCUUAUUGCCUUCGAGAUGGUAAAACGAUGAAAGAGUACGCUGCUAGAACAGAUAGUCCAAUUCAAACAACAGAAACAGGAUGGAAAAUGAAAACCGAUCACCAUUAUUUUUACCAAAUUCAAAUGCAAAUGCUUGUACUCAACGUUAACUUUAGCAUUUUUAUUAUUUGGACGAGCAAAGAGAUUGUAAUACUGCGAGUGGACCGAGACGACACCUUUUUGAAGACAGAGUUGUCAAAAGGUGAACAAUUUUUUAAGUUGGUUCUCAUGCCUGAACUGUUAGGCCAACACUAUACGGGAGGGGAUUUCAGAUAUCGAAUGUGAAACUGUUGAAGUUGAAUAAACGAACAAUCUGCGAAAUAAAAUUUUAAAAUGUUUUUAUUUUUCAACAAUGAUGACAAUUUUUCAACUUUGAUACAAUCGUUAAUCUGGCGGGACUACAGAGGGACAAAGAUUAACUAAACAACAACAUACUGUUACAAUUUGAUCCAUUAAUGACGUUUCACAAAAAUUUGAAGUUCUUUUCAGAGUACUAAUUGGAAAUUUAUUCUUGUACAAUAUUUUAUACUUAUUUCGAACCUGCGCAAUCACUCGCUCCACAUGAAUUCUGACGUUUGCUAACUUUCGUGUAUUUUCUAUAUCUAGCGGAUGCAACUGAUCCUGACCAAUCGUGAAAGCAGGUAAAAAUAAUUUAACUCCAGCACUUUCAACGUGAUUUUUUAUCAAAAAACCCCUAUCUGCCAUAAUAAAAUCUCCUUUUGGCAUUUUACUUAA